AUGUCUGCUCCCGGUUCUCUCCCGAAUAGUCAUGUCUUGGCUCUUCUCGCAAGCCUCGUCGACGGCAAACGCCAUUCGUUUCUUCAGCCAAACGCUUCGAUCCCUACCGAUUCUCUUAACCUCGUCAAGCACACCCUCGAGGGCUUUGCCUCGCAAGUCGGCGAUGAGCAGCAAGAGAGAUUAAAGGAAAACCGCAAGCGCAAGAGAGGCGCUGUCGGAAGUGAGGAUGUUCUGAAAAUGCGCAAGGUAUACAUUGAUGGAUUCGAGACAGGGCAGGUUUGGCAGCAGGCCAAGAGAAUCAUUGGUGGUGUCUUGAAGUACUCCGAAGAGACUCUGGCUGAGCUGGAGGAGCGUAAGGAGAUCGCCACAAACGGCGUUAGCGCAGCAGACUCCAAAACGCUCGAGUUCGGAGAGGACGGUUUCGAGGUGGAUUCCGAUGACGAGGAUGAGGAUGCGAGCGACCAAGAUGUAUCUGGGGAGGAGGACGAAGAACAAAUAUCAGCAGAUGAAGCACUCGAGAAUGGACUAGAGGAUGACUGGGAAGACGACGAAGCAGAGGAGGUUGAGGAAGGCAGGGACGAUUACCAAGAAGAUGAUGAGGAAGAGGAUCAAGACGAUGGACCAGUCGAGGAAUAUGAGGAGGAUCCUGAUGGUCUCAACGAUGGCUUCUUCUCUCUUGACGACUUCAACCGGCAAUCACAAUAUUUCGAGGAACAGGACGCAAAGGGAGACCCUUACACAGAUCAAGCGAGCGAUGAUGAGGAAAUCAACUGGGACGCCGAUCCAAUGGCUCCUCCCAAGGCAGACUCAAAGUCCAAAAAGACUGCCCAAGACCCCGUUUCAGAUGACGAAGAUGAUGAAGAGGACGAUGGUCCUACAUUCGGCAACAUGGCUCUCGAUGCACCAGAAGGCGACAGCGAGGACGAGGCCAUGGAAGAUGAGGAAAUUGACGAUGAAGCCAACGACAUGAAUGCAAACGAGGUCUACUACAAGGACUUCUUUGCGCCACCGGCCAAAAAGUUCAAGGGUGGCAGGCCCAGAAAGUCUGUCAAGUUCCAGCCUCAAAAGCCCAAUGAUGAGGACGUUGAGAGGGCCAUGGCAGAUGUUCGAAGGGAUCUCUUUGACGAUGAGUCAGAACAAGAAGACUCUGACGAUGCCCUCUCCGAUGUCUCUGCUGGAGACCCCAAGUCACGACGCUCAGCUCACGAGCGGAGACAAGCCAAGCUUGCUGAGGAAAUCCGUCAGCUAGAGGCCGCCUCCGUCGCCAAGCGAGAGUGGACUCUCUCAGGUGAGGCCACUGCUGUUGAUCGACCUACGAACUCGCUACUCGAGCAGGAUCUUGACUUUGAGCACGUUGGCAAGCCUGUGCCCGUCAUUACCCCGGAGAUCAGCGAGAGCAUCGAGGAUCUCAUCAAGCGCCGUAUUCUCGCCCAGGAAUUCGACGAAGUCAUCAAGCGCCGACCCGAUACAGAGGGUGCGGCUGCAGGUACACGCCGAGGACUCGUCGAGCUCGAGGACACCAAGGCUACAAAGGGCCUGGCAGAGAUCUACGAGGAAGAGCAUGUAAAGAACACAAACCCGGAUACCUACGUCAACCAGUCAGACGAGAAACUCCAGCGCGAGGAGAAGGAGGUCGAGGCAAUGUGGAAGGACGUCUGCGCUCGCCUCGACUCCCUCAGCUCAUGGCAUUACAAGCCCAAGCCCACAGCCCCCUCACUAUCUGUUGUCGCAGAUGUCGCCACCAUCGCGAUGGAGGACGCUCAGCCUACAACAGCCCAGGGUGUCGCCGGCGAGAGCAGCCGCAUGGCUCCCCAAGAAAUCUACAAGGCUGGAACCACCGAGAAUGCUGCCCAGGGCGAGGUCGUCACCAAGGCCGGUCUGCCCGUGGCGCGCCAGGAGAUGUCGCGCGAGGACAAGUCUCGCCGACGCCGCCGCGAGAAGGAGCGCGUGCGCAAGGCGGGCGGUGUCGACGGCGACAAGGUCAUGAGCAAGCGGGCCAAGAUGCAGCGCGACACCAUCGCCGACCUCAAAAAGGGCGGUGUCAAGGUCAUCAACCGCAAGGGAGAGAUCACCGACGUGGACGGCAAGAAGGCAAAGACUGUCAAACUUGCUUCAAGCGGCAAUUACAAGCUGUAG